ACUUCAAAAAAAUCAAAUCAAAUUUCAAAAUGUUCAGUUAUUACAAAAUUCGAUUUGAAUAUCCAGAAAUUCAAUUUUGUUUAUAAUUUUAUGCAAAUACAAUUGUUUCAUUCUUUUUUUGUUAUAAAAAAAUGUUAGAAGAUGAUGAGGUUCAGUGUCCUUACAACAAAUCUCACAUAAUGAAAAGGAAAACCCUGAUACCCCAUCUCCUCAAGUGUCGUCUCAAGUUUCCACAUGCUGAACUCAUCAAGUGUCCUUUCAAUACUAGUCAUUUGAUUCCCGAGCCUGAAUUCACGCACCACGUAGCCAAUUGCAAAGAUAAAGCUAUAAUCCAUCAAUACAAAUACAAUACGCUUCCAGUUAAAAUCGACGAAGAACACCGACAGCAGGUUGAAAUCGAUUGUGACGAAAACUGGGAUGACACCGAAGCUGUUGACUAUGAUCCAAAAAUAUACGUUAGUCAAGCAAAUGUUAUUCGGACACACAUCGGAGAUUUGCCUUCGGUUCGAAAGGAAUUCCGAAAAAGUGAAAGAAAACGUUUGGGUGAUGAAGAUUCAUCCGACGAUGAUGAAGCAUUAAAAACCUUCGGUAAGAGAAUCUAUAAAGACAUGGAUAGCAAAGAGAAAGAAGAAACUAAAGAGAAAAACUGGUUUGAAGAUCGUGGGGCAUCCACAAGUAAUAGAAGCGGUUCUCAACGAAGAGAUACCUUACAAGAGUUCUCUGAAGAAAGAGGUCAUAAAGAAGACUAUGAUAAAUCCAGUGACAGAGAGGAAGAUGUUUCAAGGAGGACGCGAAAGGAUGAUUAUCCAAACAGGAGUAACAGAGAAGAUGAUUCGAGAAAAAGGGAUUAUAAUCCCUUUAACAGAAAUCGCAACAUUAAAUCAGGGUUUCUGGGUAUGUCCCGAGGAGGACGAAGAGAACAUAACUAAGGGAAA